ACCCCCGGGAGCUCCAGGAUGCUCAGGCCAAGUUAUUGGGUGAAUGCGAUGCCUGAAGAUCUGGGGACGCGGGGGCGGGGCGGCGUUUUUCUGCCACUGCAGGUAGACACUUCCCACCCCCGCUGCUCUCUCCUUCCUCCUUCCUCCCCAGCACACACCCACACACCCUGGCCAUUCUGGGGCCUGGAGAGCUGCUCUGGGGAGUCAGCAGUGCCUCACCAGCCAGUGGAGCCCAAGAGGUUGCUGGAGGGCUGGGGCCGCGCAAGUGACCUGCUAACCAGCAGCUCCGAGAGACAAUUGCCAUCUUUCUCUCAUGCUUCAAAAUCAAAACCAAAAAAACCUCCCCUCUUCCCACAGCAACUUGGAGGAGCGGGGAGUGAUUUGAAAGAAUUGACGCAGAGAUUUUUAUUGAUGCACCUUGAAGAAGUUUUGGGCAAGCCACUCAGCAGGGCUCUCGAGGCCCGAGGUAACCCCAGCUCCCAGCCCCCAGUCCCAGUCAGCCUGGCAGCGCCCUCUGGCAGAUCCCUUACCGGAGGUUGUGGGCAGGAUCUUUCUGGGGGCAUCUCCUGUCCAUGCCCCAGACUUUUCUCCGGAUGUAAUGAUACAAGCCGUGGCCUGGACCCAGGUGACCUCGCUUGGAAAGCGUCCCCACCAGGUCUGAUCCCUACUGGUGCUCAGGGACUUAAGCUGUGGCCAGCCCAAUGGACGACGAUACAGAACUGAGGACUGAUGGAAACUCCCUUCUAAAGGCAGUAUGGCUGGGGAGGCUCAGGCUGACCAGACUCCUCCUGGAAGGGGGGGCCUACAUCAAUGAAAGCAAUGACAAAGGCGAAACGGCGCUCAUGGUGGCCUGCAUCACCAGACACGUGGACCAGCAAAGCAUCAGCAAGUCCAAGAUGGUGAAGUACCUGCUGGACAACAGGGCGGAUCCCAACAUCCAGGAUAAGUCUGGCAAGACGGCGCUCAUCCACGCCUGUAUUAGGAGAGCUGGGGGAGCAGUGGUCUCCUUGUUACUGGAGAAUGGGGCCGACCCCAGCCUCGAGGAUCGCACGGGGGCUUCCGCUCUGGUCUAUGCCAUCAACGCAGACGACAAGGAUGCGCUGCAGCAUCUCCUUGAUGCUUGCAAAGCCAAAGGGAAGGAGGUGAUUAUUAUAACCACAGACAAAUCGUCUUCCGGCACUAAGACCACCAAACAGUAUCUCAACGUACCCCCUUCGUCCAAGGUGGAAGACAGGCAGCCACCUCCAGGGUGUGCGUCUCCUUCUGAGAUUGAACUGAAGGCCCCUGGCCUGGGCUCUCCACCCAGCGAGAAGGAGGAUGACUUCUUCAGCCUCCAAACAGCCUCCAAGGUGCUUAAUGAGCCCGGGUCACCCAAUGGGAAAGUCAGUAACCUUAAAAGGGCCCGUUUGCCCCAGCUCAAGAGACUCCAGUCUGAACCCUGGGGCCUGAUCGCUCCCUCUGUGCUGGCCGCCUCGCUGCGGCAGGACGAGAUUCACAGUGCCGGCCCAGACAACGAGGUCAUCAAGAGCAUUAGUGACAUGGCUUUCCCCAAAAGGGGACCUCUCUCCAGAACCAACAGUAUUGAUGGCAAAGACCCAGCCCUGCUCCUCACAGUCGCGGAGCAAGUUCUGAAGAUCUCGAGCUCUUCGGGGCCAGCAGCCUGGAAAGCUGCUUAUGACAAAGGCCAGGCUGCCCACCCUCGUCUGGCCAGAAGAGGGACGCUCCCCAUUGACCAAGAGAAAGGUAGCAUGGGUCCACCAGGACCAUCUGCUCUAAAAGACCCAGCAGCCCUCACGUUGCUGGAGAACGGUUUCUAUGAGUUAGAUCUACAAGCCGGGCUUGAGCCACCCGAUUCCAAUUCCCUGGAAUCCAGCAAAGGACCCGUAGAUAGAAAGAAGCUCAACAGCCCCCACCUGUCUCUUUACCAGGGCUCGCGGGAGGCCCUGGAUGCCUUGCCCAGCACAUCCCCCAACUCAGUGCGCCGCAGGCCACCGCAUCUUCUCGAGAGACGAGGUUCCGGAACCUUGUUGCUGGACCGCAUUUCUCAAACGAGGCCCGGCUUCCUUCCACCCUUAAACGUGAAUCUGAACCCACCGAUCCCAGAUAUCAGGUCCAGCAGCAAACCUUCCUCCCCACUCGCGAGCGGCUUAAAAUCCAUGGUCCCCGUGGCCCCCAGUUCACCGAAGCGAGUUGACUUGAGAAGUCAAAAGAAACUCCUGAGAAGGCACUCUAUGCAAGUCGAGCAGAUGAAGCAGUUGUCGGACUUUGAAGAAAUCAUGACCUAGACAAUUUCAUCUAGAAAGCCCCCACCCCUGAUCCUUGUAGUUUAUGAAAGGGACCCCAAUCUAGACCCACUCAGCCCCUCUCAGAUUCUCUGCAUUCGUAUCAUCCCUUAAUGUUGACGUGUGGCUGCUGCAGAGGCUGUGGGAGCCGGGUGCUCCUUCACUUGGGGAAUCAUCCGUGGCUCUUCAUUGGCCCAUUGAAAAGCGCUCGGGAUACUUGGGUCUGGGAUCCGAAAUUAAACCACUUCUCCGAGGGAAGAAAAGCCUUUGGAGCUGGAGCAACCCAGCCGCGCACCAUGACCUAAGUCAGCUGUGGGUGCCAGCUCCUUUCUAUCAGAUCCCCAGAAACAGACUCGAGAACAUAAUGCGGUCUUGGAAGUGUGUCCUUUGUCAUACACAUAUGAAGUGCCUACGGAGAAGAUGGGGUUUUCGCAUUCCUUAGAAGGUGCAUAAGCUCAAACCAACCGAUUAGCUGUUAAAUCUGCCUAUUUGGGGUCCAAUUGAAGGUGGAGAAGCCGACUCCCACUCACCCCCCACAGAGAUUCUGAUGCGUGGGGUUUGCCUCUUACUAUAUUUUGGGACACAUGUCUGCCACACACGACUCCCACCCCCGAAAUGCAUUGCUAGUGAAUGCAUCUGACUCAAAGCCACCCUCUGGGGCAAAGCAGCACACCCCAUAGGGUUGCCAAGGCAGUACAUCUUUCCAAAAGCAAGCUGCCUCAUUGUCAAGCUCCUUCGGAGUGUCUGGUGAGUUAAAAGCACCGACCUUUUGGUUUGCAGCCAAACUCCUAACCACCACACACCCAGGGCUCCUUUUGAUCCAAGCAGUUAACUGUAUUACUGAGCCAGGUCACCUCCAUGGGCAGGACCCAUACUGCGUGGACUCAUGUGGGAUGUGCACUGAGUCCUCAGGUCACACAUUGAACAGACCCUCCCAAUUCUCAUCUGUCACCCUCCCUGGUACCCCAGGAAUCAAACAGCAACGGGCUUCCCCAGCCUCCAGCUGGAAACAGGAGAACAGUCAAGGUCAGGUCACUGAAGCUGAGUUGGACGCAGUACCAAUUCUAGAACAGGCCCACAGCAAAGUGCGGUUUACCCAAGACCCGAACGAGACAUGAUGACCGGAUGGCCUUGGGGAAAGCAGAAGUGAAUGGUUCCUGAGCCGGAAGCAAGCGGGGAGCCAUUUCAUUCUGCAACCUGGAAAUCCUGGGGAAGGCAGACGGUCGUCCCUUCCUCCUUCUGUCUAGAUAGCGAAGAAAACCCCAGUUUCUUCUUUGUAGAAAUAGGCAGCAUCACCCUUUAGAACCACUUUGCACGACCCCCAGGAAGGGAGCAGAGACUUAGCACGUUCGCUGUGUUUAGAUUAAGGCACCCCUGAUUGCUUUCCCAGUUCCUCUCCCUUCUGAUUCUGUUCAAAUACAUUUGCUCGGUGGUAAAAAAAUGAAAUUAAAAAAGAAAUCACUAGCCCCCUCUCCCCCAGAGUGCUGAGGCAACGUCAUGCCAAGGAAAGAACAGGCCUAAGGUCAGGUGGCUGGCGGGACUGGGCGUCGGUCCAUAGCAGAGCCUCCAUUGCCCCUUCUGUAAAAUGGGCUGAGUCGUGCUGCAUUUGGACAGGCUGCGGUGAGAAGUAAGUGAGACAGGUCUAUGAGGGCUCCUUACUGUUUGGCACAAGAGGAACACAGUGGCAAAGAUGUGGAAUAAAGCUUUCUCUGAAUCCUCACCCUCUCGAAUAAGGUAGAAGAUGCUACACAAAACAAAGCCACGCCGGAACAAUUUGGGGAUCAAGGUCCGCGGUGGUCCUCUAAAUACGGGGCCCUCAAUUCGUGUGUGGAACCAUUAAACUCUGCCACAUACCUCCACAGCGUCGCACCAUUAAAGAGAAUGCUCAUUAGCUAGAAAUUGACCAGAAGAUCCCAAACCACUCUCAAGGAUGUUUAUAAUUUUUUUUGAUGCUUUAAAAUAUUAUCCCUCAUCCAGAGCAGAAUCUCUCUGGACCAUUGGCGAGAGUGGCGAUACCAGGAGG